UCCAGUAGGCUUUUAGCCUCCGAGCGGAUAACUAUAGAAUUUUAACGAAAGCGCAGUGUUUGUGUUUAACAGUGACCAAAAAAGAAGAAAAAAAGAGAUAUAACUUAUAAAAAAUUCAAAAAGUUGAGAAUUUCAAAUUCAAACAGCUAGAAAGAAAAUUCAACUGAAAAUUUAAAUAAAAGCAUUUAGUAACAACAGCUUAAUAAAAAAAAGGAAAUUUAAAAAAUUAAAAUUAACUCCUAAAAAUUUUGUGUGCCAAAAAAAAAGAAGUAAUAAAAAAAAUCAAUUUUGCCUAAAAGAAAAAAAUCAUAAUUACUCAAUAUUAAAUAUUAAUUAGCCAAUACAGUUGCUAAAAAUACACAUACACUGUAAUAAAUAUUAAUUGAAAAAUAACAUACAUAAUUACAACUCAAAAAAAAAAACAACAUUUAUAAAGUAACUAACAAUUUAAAUUAAAAAAAAAUUUUAAAGUUAUUUUAUUUUUUGUGUUGUUGUUAUUGUUGCUGUAUUUUUUUCGGACAAACCAACGAGUUGCUGACAGUGUAGUGCAGUAUAUAAAGAAUUUUGAAGAAAAAUAAUAUAAAAAUCAUAGCAAAAAAGAAACAAAAAAUAUAUGUAAAAUAUCCCAAAUAAAAGAAAAUAAAUUAAAAGAGCCCAACAAGUAAGCAAAUCAAAAAUAAAGUAAAUUCAUUUGUAAUACAAACAUUUGAAAUAAUAUUGAAAUUGAAAUAGUACACACAGUGCUACACACCGUCAACAAAUUUAUUGUAGUAAGUGAAAACGUAGAAAAAAAUUUCUAAACAAAUAUUCAUGGAAUUCUGGAACAACUAAUAAAAUAAAAUAUCAGCAGAUUGUUUUGAAAAAAAGUUCUUUUGUGUGGCAUAUAGAUAAAAAAGAUGGUCGUGCUGCCUGGCUCGCUGUACUUGAUAGUCAAAUGACAAUAACAUUACGAGGCUGGAUGCAAACUUAGCUCGGUUUAAACUAAGCACUACAGUCUGGCCAAAACAACAACAACAGCAACAACAAAUGCUAGAAAAAAGAAAUAGUUGCAACAGUUAAAAAAAAAUUUAACAGUAGUAGUAGUUUUGUGUGUGUGUUUGACGGCAUUGGAAAGUCCCUUUUAAGUAAAAUGUUGCACUCCUCCGUGCAGGAGCAGAACCAGCAUGGAAAUAACAAUAACAACCACAACAAUAAUAACAACAACCAUAACCACACAACGACAACAACACCAUCAAUGACUUCAGCAAACAGCACAAAUUUGAAUGCCAAUGCUGAGGGCACUAAAACAUCAAACCAAGCCAUAGAGAUACGAUCUUUAGCUGCUUCCCAGCUAGAGCAGCAACACAAUGGGCAGAAAAGCCACAAACAGCAUAACACAGAUAACGAUUCUCUGGCUGGGGCAGAUAGGGCGAGAAGUAGCAGCAUUAAUGCUGCCACAAGGGCGAGGUUAAGGGAAACAUCCUCAAGUACGGGCAGUACAAACUCAAAUAUAAUGCAUUCCAAUGAAGAUUCUGGCAUAGAGGCCAGACAUCGACGAUGUGGUAGCAGUAGUAGUGGUGGCGGCGGCACUGGUAAUAAUGGAUCUCGCAGCAGCCAUCGCCAUCGAAAAACAAGUUCCUCAAGUGCCAAAGCAUCAACAGGAAAUGUAGGGAGCAACGUUGGUGCUGGCUCUUCAACAGCAGCAGCAGCGGCGUCUCCCAAAAAUCCCUACACCAAUACGAGUGAUAUGACGGCGGCUCCCAAAACAGGUGAUGCAUCAUCAUCAACUAAUAUCCAGCAACAGCCUCCAACAACAGCCUCUCAACGUAACUUACAAUCCCACCAACAAAACUCGAAUACAAUUAAAAACAGGUCUUCUAGUAAUCUUAAGAAAAAUGCCCGCGAACGCAGUGACGACGAGAGAGUGAGUAUAGCCAACGAAAGUACGGAAGAGACGACCAGACAUCGUCGCCGUCGUUCGAGACGCAUAAGUAAAAAUACAACAGCAACCUCCUCCUCGUCCUCAUCAUCAUCCACCUCCUCAGGCUCAUCGACGGGUUCCAGUUGUAAUGGCUCCUGUAGUUCUGAUGAUGGUGAUUCGUCCACAUCAUCGGGUGAACCGAAUUUACCGUAUCCUGGCUUUCCGGAAGUGGCCCUAAAGUAUUUCUCGCAAGACACGACACCCAGGAAUUGGUGUCUAAUGCUGAUUACCAAUCCAUGGUUCGAGCGCAUAUCAAUACUGGUGAUAUUAUUAAAUUGCAUAACACUGGGCAUGUAUCAGCCUUGUGUGGACGAUGCCUGUGAAUUUAAUCGCUGUAAAAUACUACAGAUAUUUGAUGACAUUAUUUUCAUUUUCUUUGCGGUGGAAAUGAUCAUUAAAAUGGUGGCCAUGGGUAUUUAUGGUAAAAAUACCUAUUUGGCUGAUUCCUGGAAUCGUUUAGAUUUCUUUAUUGUCUUUGCUGGCCUUUUAGAAUAUGUAGUGCAUGUGAAAAAUUUAAAUUUAACCGCCAUAAGAACAAUACGUGUCCUGAGACCUUUAAGAGCCAUUAAUCGUAUACCAAGUAUGCGUAUUUUGGUUAUGCUUUUACUGGACACCUUACCCAUGUUGGGCAAUGUCUUGCUGUUAUGCUUUUUUGUCUUCUUUAUAUUCGGCAUUAUUGGGGUACAACUUUGGCAAGGUAUUUUAAGACAAAGAUGCGUAUUAGAGGUGCCCGAAGAUAUACGCGUACCGUUGAGGGAACUACCUGAUGAGUACAGAGUUCGAGUCCGUGUUAACUCUGUUUCCUACUACUACGAAUUCUCCAAGGAACAGGAUUAUAUAUGCUCGAUGCCAGAAGAUUCUGGCAUGCAUAUGUGUUCAAAUCUACCGCCAUAUCGAAAUGGACCCAUGGUAUGUACAGAAGCGGCCAUACCCAACUCUAACAAUUUACCAACAAAUACUUCGUGUGUAGAUUGGAACAUUUACUAUUCGGUUUGUAGGCAAACAGGACAGAAUCCAUUUCAGGGAACCAUAUCGUUUGAUAAUAUAGGUAUGGCUUGGGUAGCCAUUUUUUUGGUUAUAUCAUUGGAAGGCUGGACGGAUAUUAUGUACUAUGUACAGGAUGCUCAUAGUUUUUGGGAUUGGAUCUAUUUUGUUUUACUAAUAGUGAUUGGCUCAUUUUUCAUGAUCAACUUGUGUUUGGUAGUCAUUGCCACCCAGUUCAGUGAGACCAAGAAACGUGAAAUGGAGCGUAUGCGUCAAGAACGCGCUCGUUACACUUCCACCUCUACACUGGCCUCCAGCACCAAUAACUCGGAACCGGCCACCUGUUAUGCGGAAAUUGUUAAAUAUAUUGCUCAUCUUUGGCGACGCUUCAAACGACGAAUGUUAAAGAAGUACAGAUUAUAUAAGUACCAACAAAAACAACGCAAAGAAGGUUUAUUACCUAAUGCUGAUAAUUUGACAUUUUCACCGUCACGCAUUAAAAGUCAUCAUCCUAAAUGUCCCAAGUAUGCCAGCAAUCGUAAGCCCUCCAGUAUACAAGAUCAAAUGAUCACGGUAAUGGUGCCGCUUAAUUCCAAUAAUAAUAUCAGUGCCAGUGGUAAUAAUAACAAUCAUACACAUGUUCAACAACAUCAGCAAACACAGCAGCAGAAUCAACAACAAUUGGGAGCACAACAACAACAUUCUACUACACAAACUCCCAGCGGUAUGGUGUCCUUAAUAAAUGGUCUACAUAAUGGCAAUAACAGUCAUAUUAACACACAAACAGCACAAUCACAUCAGCAUCAUUCCUCCUCCGAAAACUCUGAACAAUCAUUAGAAAAUGUGGGUGGAACAGUUGCGACACGCAAUAGCAAUUAUAAAAAGAUCUCCAAUCAAUUAAAACCGGAAGCGGAUAACAAGCAACAACAGAAAACUAUACUUUUGAAAUUUCCCCAAAAUCUUAUGGAAACCGAUCAGUUAAUUCUCCAGCUGGGAACUCUAGGCAAGACACAUCCCUGUACAUCCGGCUUUUUAAGUCCCCCCACAUCAGCCAGUCGCCGACCUUCUGUCAUGUUCAAUGAAUACGUUUUAUUGCACACGCCACCGGCUCUCAAGGAACCGCAAUCAAGUGUUGAGAAAACGGUAUGUUCGUCGGAAAAGAUGACACAGGCCGGCGAUGGCAGCAUCUGGCAAGUAAAUCUACCACAGACUCUGGCCAGCAUUACAAAUCCCUAUGCGGAAUGUUCAGAUCUCGGUAUACACGACGCCAUGACUUGUCAAGAGCUUUUAGCAUUUUCUGUGGCAUUUUCAGCGGCCCUACCCACGGGUCAAAGUACACUGGAAUCGUUUUACUCCUCCUUGGCACGGUGUGAUCCCCAUACAGCCGAGGCUAUUAGAAAUCAACAGAAUAUAGAAAACUCCAACAACCUGGCCUUGCAGCAACACAAUCAGCUACAGCAACAGCAGCAAUUGCAGCAGCAAAAGCAUUUCUCGGAACAAGGUAAAAAACCUUUCGAUGCUCUUAACUCAAAUGGUGGCGGUGCAGUUUGUGGUAACGCACCCCCAGCCAGUACCGGUAAUUGUAUGGAGGACUAUUCUUGCUGCUAUGACCUGUAUCAAAAUGCUCUUUCACCACUGGAUGACAAAAGAAAAAAACGCUCCCGUCUAAUGAAAAUCAUUAUUGCCGCCUAUCGCUGCAUAAUGCGUGUAUGCGGCACUGGCAGGCGUUAUAUUAAACGUUUAGUGGAGCAUAAAUACUUCCAGCAGGGCAUUUUGCUGGCCAUACUCAUUAAUACUCUAUCCAUGGGCAUAGAAUAUCACAAACAACCCGAAGAGUUAACUGUCAUAGUGGAGACCAGCAAUAUUGUUUUCUCUGCCAUAUUUGCGGUGGAAAUGUUACUAAAAGUGGUGGCUGAAGGACCAUUUCGUUAUAUAGCCAAUGGUUUCAAUGUAUUCGAUGGUGUUAUAGUCAUUUUAAGUGCCAUUGAAAUCUGUCAACAAUUCGCCGGCAAUGGCACAGGAGGUGGCGGUGGCUCCGGUCUAUCGGUUUUACGCACAUUUCGUUUAUUGCGUAUUUUGAAAUUGGUACGUUUUAUGCCCAACUUGAGACGUCAAUUAUUUGUCAUGCUGCGCACCAUGGACAAUGUGGCCGUAUUCUUUUCCCUGCUUGUGCUUUUCAUAUUCAUUUUUAGCAUACUGGGCAUGUAUUUGUUCGGCGGUAAGUUUUGCAAAUUUAUGGAUGAAACUGGACUCGAACGCGAAUGUACGUGUCCCGAAAUAAUCAGCAAACAUCCUCAGUGUGAAUGUGAUCGUAAGCACUUCAACAAUAUACUCUGGGCCACCGUAACCGUCUUUCAAAUUCUAACACAAGAAGACUGGAAUGUUGUACUAUUCAACGGCAUGGAAAAGACAAGUCAUUGGGCUGCAUUAUAUUUUGUGGCCUUAAUGACAUUUGGCAAUUAUGUGCUCUUUAACCUAUUGGUCGCCAUUUUGGUUGAGGGAUUCAGUUCAGAGCGAAAUGAACGUCGCGAACGUGAACAACGAGAAUUGGUUAAGAAAUUGCGUGAGGAAACAUUGGCCGAAAAUUAUAGCGAUGCUAUGUAUGAUGAAUCGCACAGUGAAGUCGAUUCAUCAUCGACCAAUGAGAGUUACUAUGAGGUUCGCAAUCGUUGGCAUAGUGCCGAAGACAUACGCAAGGAGGCAGCCGAAAUGUUUUUGGAAUCAAAGAAUAAUAUGCAAAAGCAGCGAUUGCAGCAACCUGCCAGUCGAGAUCAUCAAAUAAAAGAAGUUUCAUCUUCAGCCUCUACUAAUAAUCCCUUAAGUAGUAAUAAUCGAAAAUCAUCAGAAAAAGAUUUACACAAACCUACUGCUCUUGGUAGUGUUGGUGUAGGUGCUGCAAGUGGGGUACCUAUUAGUUCCUCCAUUAUUAGCGAUGAAGAUCGUAGAGGACUAAAAAAGACAUAUUCCAUAAGAGAUAGACGUGCUGAUGUUCCUCGUUUAGCCAAAAUUCGACCUAUACGUGAACCUCCUAUUAUAACCACAACUGCUGCUACACCUCAGGACUCGCCAAAUACUACUCUGGAAACAGGCACAACUUUUAGAAACUGGGGUCCACCAGACUCUGAUUCUACAGAGAGUCCUGUUUCACCCUCACUCCUAAGGCCACCUACCAUAUUCAGCGCUCAACGUUCUCUCGACGAAGGCAUUCCAUCAAUAGAUCUUAUUCCACCAUCUCCCGUCUUGCCUCACAAACAGCACAUUAAUAUUUUAAAUGCCAGCCAAUUGGAAAGCAAUACAAACAAUUCCUUAAAUAAUUUUGGUCAGGCUGGAGCCAAUACUUCUUUGCUGUCCUCGUCACUUAACGGUAGUGGUGGUAUGCAAAGUGUCAUUAUAGAUGACAUUUCGAAAAAUUCAAACUCGGCUUCAGGUCCUAUUUAUGUACCCACAAUAUCUUCAACUGCAGCCAAACUUCAGUUACCUACAUAUGCACACACCAGAGGUGAAAGCAGUUCGUCAACAGGCCCAGCAGUCUUAUCAACUCAAGCCAGUACUUUGAGCUCAAAUGCUCAGGAAUCUGCCGAACCAUUGCAAAGAUUGCCUAGUCUUAAACGUUUUCGUCGUUCCAGUUCAAAGAGAAAGAAGGCUGAUAUUCUAACUGCCGAAGAUGUAGAACACCAACUCAAUAAUGGCAGUGACAAUUCCUGCUUAUUAACAGAUAGUCCUUCGGUAAGAGCGGAGGCCUUCCUAAAACCUAGCACGCCAAAUUUAUCUGUUAAAAGUAAGGAGACCAAUCGCUUAAGUCCUCAGAACUCUAUUAGACGCUUGUCAACAUCACUGAGUAUUGGCAGUGGGCCCGGCAGUAGGCGUGCUUCGGCUUGUCUCUUCAACUCUCACAUGUAUCAAAAUCUUAAUCAACCCUCAAAGUUACACAGUGCCCCUGGCAAGCGUAGAAUGUCUUCUAUAGAACUGGCAUUUACGAAAACAUCCCACCUGAAUCUGCACAACUUGGAACCAUCUCGCAAGUCUCUGUCCUAUACUAACUCUAAAUUGGAUUUGGACAAAUGGCAGAAAAACUAUGCAUGUGUUGGUGAAACCGAUAUGUUGCAGCAGUACAUGCAAGAGCGUGAAAGACGUAAAAACUCAAUUAGUCAGUAUCCCAAGAAGAUCAUUGAAGAAACUAAGGAUCAACAACAUUCCACAGUAUCGCAUUCAGAACGUAUGUCUAAAAUAAAAAUUCUUAUUGAAAGACUUGCACCUCACGACUUCACCAACGAACGCAGAACAUAUUCGCUCUACAUAUUUCCCGAGAAUAACAGGUUCCGUCGAAUUUGUAUUUGGUUUGUUAAUCAAAAAUGGUUUGACAACGUCGUUUUGCUGUUCAUUGCUCUCAAUUGCAUAACUUUGGCAAUGGAGCGACCCAAUAUACCACCAUACAGUACUGAAAGACUCUUUUUGUCAACAGCGAAUUAUGUUUUUACAGCCGUUUUCACCUUGGAAAUGAUCAUUAAGGUUGUGGCUACUGGUAUGUUUUAUGGCCCAGAUGCCUACUUUACAUCUGGCUGGAAUAUAAUGGAUGGAUCACUGGUAACGAUUUCAAUCAUUGACCUCUUAAUGUCACUGAUUAGUCAAUCUAGCCCAAGGAUAUUUGGGAUUUUAAGGGUGUUUCGACUACUUCGUUCCCUACGGCCGCUACGUGUUAUCAACCGAGCCCCGGGUUUGAAAUUAGUCGUGCAAACGCUCUUAUCGUCCCUUCGACCUAUUGGCAAUAUUGUGCUCAUUUGUUGCACAUUCUUCAUUAUAUUUGGCAUUCUGGGCGUGCAGCUAUUCAAGGGUACAUUCUACUUUUGCGAGGGCGAAAACAUUAAAAACGUUCGCAACAUGUCUGACUGCCUUAGCAUACCGGGUAAUGCUUGGGUCAAUAGAAAAUACAAUUUCGAUGAUUUGGGUAAGGCACUUAUGUCGUUGUUUGUCCUGAGUUCGCGCGAUGGUUGGGUCAACAUAAUGUACACCGGACUUGAUGCAGUAGGUAUUGAUCAGCAACCGAUUGUCAACUACAAUGAGUGGCGUUUGCUGUACUUCAUUGCAUUUAUAUUGCUCGUUGGAUUCUUUGUACUCAACAUGUUUGUGGGAGUCGUUGUCGAGAAUUUUCAUCGCUGUCGCGAAGAGCAAGAAAAAGAGGAGAAAAUACGUCGUGCUGCCAAACGAGCCCUGCAAAUGGAAAAGAAACGAAGACGAAUGCACGAGCCUCCUUACUACAUCAAUUACUCGCCUUCACGCAUGUUUGUUCAUAACGUAGUCACAUCGAAAUACUUUGACUUGGCCAUAGCGGCAGUCAUUGGCCUGAACGUUGUCACUAUGGCCAUGGAAUAUCAUAGAAUGCGGGCGGAGUUGCAGUAUGCAUUAAAAAUAUUUAAUUACUUUUUUACCGCUGUGUUCAUACUCGAAGCCAAUAUGAAAUUGGUAGCCUUGGGAUGGCAUCUGUACCUGAAGGACAAGUGGAACCAAUUGGAUGUCAGUAUUGUUCUAUUGUCCAUUGUCGGCAUUGUUUUGGAAGAACUAAAUACGAAAAAGUUACCAAUCAACCCCACAAUAAUGCGAGUGAUGCGUGUGUUGCGUAUAGCAAGAGUGUUGAAACUGUUGAAAAUGGCCAAGGGAAUACGAGCUUUGCUGGACACGGUGAUGCAAGCGUUGCCACAAGUUGGCAAUUUGGGCCUGCUCUUUUUCCUGUUGUUCUUUAUUUUCGCUGCUCUCGGCGUAGAACUCUUCGGAAGACUCGAGUGCUCCGAAGAGAUUCCAUGUCAGGGCUUGGGCGAACAUGCACAUUUCGCCAAUUUCGGGAUGGCUUUCCUCACAUUGUUUCGCGUAGCGACUGGCGAUAAUUGGAACGGCAUCAUGAAAGACACAUUGAGGAAUAACUGUGAUGACGCACCGGAUUGCGUACGCAACUGUUGCGUUAGCUCGGUUAUUGCUCCCAUCUUUUUUGUGAUAUUCGUGCUAAUGGCGCAAUUCGUUUUAGUGAACGUCGUCGUGGCUGUACUGAUGAAACACCUCGAGGAGAGCCACAAACAAAUGGAAGACGAAAUGGAUAUGGAAGUCGAACUCGAACGCGAACUAGUGCGUGAACAGGAGUUUGAGCAGGAACAAAAACUUUGCGAACAACUGCAACAGCAAACAAAACCGCCUGCGCCAGCCCAACGUCAACUGGGCAAAGUCAAAUCACUGCCAAUGAACUUUACCUACAACACCCCGUCUCUGGAGAAAAAGUUUACCGGUGUCCUAAACGCCACCAGCAAUCGCCGUCAGACGGUCCAGUACUUUAACCAACAGAACGGUCUGGGCCUCGCAGAGAUGGGUGGUGCUUUCAAGACACAAGCUCUGACACAACUAAUCCCUGAGUCGGCCACAACCGAAGAGAACAGUUUCGACUCCAAACUACAAAUACCUCCCACAGCAAGACGUGGACGACGUUGCUCGACAGCUUUGCGUAAACGUGGCACGCUAACGAAAGAACGAUCUCUGGACGAACAAGCCAUUCGUCGUCGUACCCUCGAAUCGAAGCGUAUGAGUUCCGAUUCUUUGCCUUGGGGAGGCGAUGUCGUUGAUUUUCGCAGUGGCACUAUCUUCGAGAGUCUAGAAUCGGACGGCAGUCCUUCCUCCACAUACGACGUGCACAGCAUACGCAGCGAAGAAGUUCCACGCAGCGUAUCCGAUGUAGCCAGCAUCGUUAGCGCAGUUGUAAGUGAAAAACCGCCCAGUGCGGCUACAUCGAGUGCUACCACAACGAGGCGACCAUACGGUCGUUCCCUCUCAACCGAUCCCACUUUUAUGGGUCCUGCACGCACAAAUCUACUCUCUGUACCACGUUCCAUGCCACCACGUAGUCGCAGCGGCAGUACAAAGCAACUUUUCAAACAACAAGCCCUCGACGAAGAUCCCGAUAUGGACGAGAGCUCCUUGCUGCUGCCAGUGGUCAUGGAAAGUGGAACUGAUGCCAAUACUACGGCUCAAAAUGAAAAUAAAGCCAGCAACGAUGCAAACGGUCGUUUAUCCGCAGAUAUUGCAAUAGUCGAAGGUCUGAGCAAAUCUGAUUCGGCCGAAAUAUUACGAAUUAUAUCAGAACGUCGACGCAUGGAUCAACGUGACAACAGCGGUAAUGAAGAUUCCGACUAUAAUGAAUUAUUACUAGUCAAAUCUCCUCAGUCAUCUAUAGAUGGCUAGCUCAAGAAUUUAUAUAUUUAACGACAACAUCAUUUAUGUCAAUGUCAUCAGCAUGUAUCAAUCACAAUACAUACAAUACCUGCGGGCUCACAACUUUUCACAUUUAAAUGUCAAUUCUACUGCAAAAUCAUGUUCAUACUCAGUCUUAAGUUUUCAAAACAAUUCUUAUUAAUAAUGGUUUUCAUUGCUAAAAGAAGAUAGUGUAUAAUGCGAUACAAUAAGACAAAUUCUAAUCAACAUCAUUAGCAGCAGUAUCAUCAACUCUCUGUGAUUAGUUAAAUAAUUAAUUAUAAAUACUAAAAGAUUUUCCUGCAUUAUAUGUAACGCAAUUGCUAGAUUAUUUAGAUAGAGCGAAGAAAAACGAACGACCAAUUUAACGAACGAACGAGAUAAUCAAGUGAAAGGGUCUUAUAUGUAGCUAACAGUAUGUGUGUGUCUAGAGAGUCUAGUUGUAAAGUAUAAAUAGCUACUACAGUGUACAUAUUAAAGUUAUAAAUUAAAAGGAUUUAAGAUUGUUCUUUCUAAAGCACUGCUUCUUCUACUAAAUUGUAUAAUCUUAAGGAUAAGCUAAAGUACCUUCUAUAGUUGAAGUCUUCUAAACGUGUUACGUUACCUUUAACAAAUUACUUCUUAUAAAGAAAAUUUUAUUAAUUUUCUUUUGACGUACUAUGUAUGUAUUUAAAAUAGGUUAGUAUAGAGAAUUUUAAUGAACUUAAAAUCAAGAGCGUUAGUAACAGGAAACCAAAACGUGAGUUUUUUCAUUUUAAGUAUUUUCCUUCAAUAAAAAAUACUUUUUAAUAUUUAAACAUAUAGAGUGAAAAGAGCUGCUUUGUUGAAACAUAUAAACUUGGUUAACAUUAAUACUAUUGUGUAGCGUUAUUUAGUUGCAAUAUUUGUCAUACAUAUACAUUAAAGAAAAUGUUUAUUAAAUUUAUGGCAAAAACAUUAACGAAACAAUUAUUAAUUAUGGUAAACAAGAAAAAAAAAAAACAAAAUAAUAAUUACAACAAUUAGCUGUUAAAACGAGUUUAUAUUUUAAAUAGUAGAACAACAAAACAAAAAUAUUUAAAAACAAAAACGCAUUUAUAUUGAAAAUUUUUAAUAUAAGAAAAAUAUUGACAAAAAAAACAGCAAGUGAGUAUAUGCAUAAUUGUAUUAAAAAAAAAUAAAAAGAAAACAUCCUACAUUUGCAUGUUUAGUUUUAGAAAAGUUGAAAAAAAUUAGAAAUUUGUUUAAAAAAACAUUAAAUUUUAAACAAUAUUGUUUAAGUUAUAUAAAAGUAAAUACAUUUUUAAUGAGUUACUAGGUUCGAUGGAGGAGUUUUUUUAACUGUUUAAUUUAUAUAAAACUCUUUUAUAGUUUUUAAUAAAAAGAAAAUUUAAAUAAAAAUUUGAUAAAUAUAUUUAAACAAAGAAAAACUUUAAAUAAUUUGAAACUUUUUCUAACAAAUUUUCAUAAAAACAGUUUAUUUCAAUUUUUUAUUUUUGACAAAAUAGUUUUAUAAUUUGUUUAACAUUUCAAUUUUAAAAUUAACUCCAUUAAAAUCGAACCUUUAAAACACAAAUUAAAUAAAAAACAUUAACUUCAGGCAGUUGCUUAAACUGUGAUUUUUUAUGAAUGUCUUAAGGCUGCCAAGAAGGAAGUUUGUAAAAAAUUGUUUAAAUCAUUAAAAAUAAAGAAACAAAACCCAAACUAAAACUAAAUAUAAAAAAAGGAAACACUACAACAAUUUAAAUUAUCAACGAAUUGUGAAAUUAAAAAAAAAAAACAAAAAGCAAUUUCUUUUUAUAUAAAAAUCUGUCUAUAUAUAAAUGCAAAAUAAGAAAAUGAAAAAAACACUGUCAAUUCUUUAUCAUAAAUAAACUAUUAUAUACAUAUAAACUAAAAAAACAAUUUACAAAAAAAAACUUACUCGCUCUUUCACACUACACUAUCUAACUAAUUUACACUCAAAACUAUUUUUAUGUCUAUAACUCUUUAACUCACUUUUACCUUGUAACUAAUUCUUUUUUUAUAUUUAAACUAAAAAAAAACUUUUAAACAAAAUUGUAAAUUAUUAAACGAAAAACAAAAUAAAAAAACUCUUAUACUUUUGACUUUACUAUACACAUAACUCUUUAUACGUUAGGAUAUGUUUUACAAUAAAUUUUAUAUAAAACAAAUACUAAAAACAUACUUUCACACAUACACACACACACACACUUACAAAACUCAUUUAUACAUACACAUGUACACUCAAUAUAAUACAUACUUUCAUAUACUAUAUAGUAGAUAUGUAUGUAUGUUAUAAUAAAUAUGUACUAUUUUGUAUAUAAUAGAUAAUUUCUUCUGUGCCUUCUUUUCCUUAACGAUCGAUCAAUCUAUUAUAACAAAAGAAAAAUUUAAAUAAACAACAACAAACUUAAGAAACAAAGCAACAAUACUACACUUCCAAAACCUGAUCUACAAAAUUUUCAAAAUUUCAUUUAUUAAAAAAAAACGCAGUUGAAUUUUAAAUUAAAAUCUAUAAAAACUCUGUUUAAGUUUAAAUUGUUUAGGGAAUUUGUUACUUUAAAAAUACAUAAUUAAAAGCAAUGCUGGAUUAAUAAAUAUAUUUUUUGUUAAACUUUUAGUUUGUUUUAAUUAAACUAUUUUAAAAAGUUUUUGCUUUUAACUUUUAACUGCAAAUGUUUGUUUCUUAAAGUUUAUUUAAUUUAUUAUUUAAGUUUUUAGCUGCUUUUUCUUCCCACCCUUUAAUUAUUAAAAAUAUAAAAUUUCUUUUUUUUUCUUGCAUUUUAAACUGCUUCAAAAUUAAUACAUUGCAAAAUCUUGUUGAUUAAUUAUUAGGAAUUAAAAAUUUAAAAAGUAAACAAAAAAUUUAAAAAUUAAAUUUUAAUUAAAAAAAAUUAGCAAUGAAACAAACAAUGUUGUAUUAAGUAAAUUAUUUAUGAAAUUGUUUAGUUUAGCAUAUAAAAACCCAAAAAAUAAAAAAAAUAAUGAAAAUAAAAAAACUAAUGGAACAAGAAUUGUUUAACUAAUAAAAAAAAAGUAUAAAUAUUUAAAAAUAAGUAAAACAACAACUACAAUAAUUAUGUAAACCACAUUGAGAAAUUGUUAAAUAACAAAGAAAAGAAAAAAAACAAAAACAACAAAUUAUUAUAAAAUAAAUUAUAUUAAAAACUAGGAGU